AUGCCUUCGGAAAAGGUGCCCUUUUACGACCCGACGCCGCCGACUUACGAUGAGGCCCUCGCCGGUGGCAGUCGAUGGGUGCCGCCCGCCCGCGACGCUGCCGAUCAGCGCGGUGCCACGCAGACGGAGCAGCAGUCGCUGCUGAGGCAGCCCGGGAGUAACAACAACGGCGAGUCCUCCCGCAGGACCGGCUAUCGCCCACCAACGGUCGAAACUGACGACGAGUCCGAUGAUGAUGGCCUGCUCAGCGACGACGAGUCCGAAGAGGACCAGGUCCGCCGCGAGAUCGAGGAGAUGGACAUGGAGGAGCCGGAUCGCUCGCUGGGCUCGACGUGGCGCAAGCGGUUGCGGAUUCCAUCCUGGAAAUGGUCCUGGCGACCGAGGUUACCGCGCCUGCGCAUCCAGCUUCCCUCCCGGCCGGCCGACACCGAAUCCCAAACCCAGUCGACGGCACAGACCGAGGCGACGCCUGCAGCGGGCUCCGGCUCCGGACUCCGCUUCAACUUUGAGCGCUUUCAAAUACCGCAGGUCAAUAGCAUGUUCCUCGUGCUGACGUUUGCGCGCGUGCUUGCGCUCUUCAUCAUCCUCGGCUUCUUCUGGUUUCUCUUCACCAGCGGCCUGUUCUCCGGCCUCAACUCGCCGCUCACGAGCGGCAUGCGCUUCAACGCCGAGGACCUGCGAAACUUCCUGCAGCAGCGCGUCGAGCCCAUGCGCAUGCGGGCCUCGGUCCAGCACUACUCGAGCUACGCGCACCUCGCCGGCACCGAGGGCGACUACGCGGCGGCGCGGGACGUGUACGCCAUGUUCAGCAAGGCCGGCCUCGACCGCGUGGCCAUGGACGAGUACUUUGUGUACGUAAACUACCCACGUCAGGACGGCCGCAACGUGCAGCUCCUGGACGGGAGUGGUGCGGUCACCUGGACGGCGAAGCUGGACGAGGAGGAGCGCCACCACGAAACGGCCGGUCGGCAGACGUACGCGUUCCACGCGCACUCGAAAUCGGGCGACGUGAAGGGGCCGCUGGUGUACAUCAACUACGGCUCGAAAGCGGACUACGAAAAAUUAAAGAGCGACGGGGUCAAGAUGGAAGGGGCGAUUGCGCUGGUGCGAAAUGGAGGCACUGAGAAGAGUACGGCUUUGAAGGUGAAGCUGGCAGAGAUGUAUGGGUUUGUCGGUGCCCUGGUAUAUAACGAUCCGAAAGAUGACGGCUUCUCCCUGGGAGACGUGGCUCCCCAGGGUAGGUUCAUGCCCGCCGAUGGCGUGCAUGGCGGCUCUGUGAGCUUGAUGAACUGGAUCCUGGGAGACGUGCUUACCCCGCAGUGGGAAAGCGAAGAGCAGUCUCCCCGCGUCAAGGUGAGCGACGCCGUCGGGCUAGUCCAGAUCCCCAGCCUGCCGCUCGCUUGGCGGGACGCGCAGCCGCUGCUACAGAGCCUCAAGGGCCACGGUCAGAAAGUGCCGGCCGACUGGGCCGGUGGGGUGCCCGACGUGGAGUGGUGGACGGGCGACGCGGCGGUCUCGCCGACAGUGCGCCUGCAAAACGAGCAGGACGAGAUGGAGAAGCAAAAGAUUUGGAACGUGUACGGGCGGAUCGAGGGCAUGGAGACGGCGACCAAGUCCAUCAUCAUCGGCAACCACCGGGACUCGAUGGGCUUUGGCGCGACGAACCCGCACACGGGCACGGCCAUCAUGAUUGAGAUGGCACGCAUCUUUGGCGACCUCGUGGACCGCGGGUGGAAACCUCUGCGGUCCAUUGAGUUUAUGUCGUGGGACGCGUCCGAGUACAAUCUGAUUGGGUCGACCGAGUUUGUCGAGAAGAACCUGGACCGGCUGAAGAAGGACGCGUACGCAUACAUUGACCUGAGCGACGCGGUGACGGGGACCAAGUUCACGGCAGCCGGGUCGCCGCUGCUCGAGCGCGCGCUGAUGCACGCUCUGGGCAGGGUGUAUGAUACCAACGCCAACGAAACGCUGCGGACGCUGUGGGACCGCGACAGCGCGCAGCUGCUGGACCUGAGCACGGGAGCGGACCCGAGCGACUACAUCCCGUUCCAGGACGUGGCAGGCACGAGCUCGAUUCAUCUGGGCUUCGCGGCGGACGGCCCGGGAGCGGCGUACCCGUACCGGUCGAGCUACGACACAUUUGACCUGGUGGACCAGGUGAUCGACCCGGGGUUCGUGUAUCACGGGCUGCUGGGCCAGGUUGUAGGUCUGCUGUUGCUGGACCUGUCGGACCGGGCGAUCCUGCCGUUCGACACGAAGAGGUACGGCGAUAAGUUGAGGACGUGGCUGGAGAACCUGGAGCGGUGGGCGGGCAACCGUGGUGGUGCGGCCCGCGACAAGCUCUCGUUCGAGGAGCUGAAGGACGCGGCGGGCAUGAUCCAGCACAAUGCGGACAAAUUUGGGCAGUGGGAGCUUGAGUGGGAUGCGGCGGUGCUGGCGAGCAACGGGUGGGAGUCGAACGAGUACGGGGCGGCGCGGACCGUGUACAAUGACAAGAUGGCGCAGUUUGAGACGGCGCUGCUUGAUCCAGACUAUGGCGGUGGUAUACCUAACCGUACGCAGUUCAAGCACGUCGUCUUUGGCCCGCCGCUGCUGUCGACAAACGACGAGGCCCUGUUCCCGGCGAUCCGCGACCUGAUCGAGGCUGAGGACUGGGUGGCGGCCAAGGAGGUCAUGGCCAAGACGGCGGGCCUGCUGAGGCAUGCCGGCGCGCUGCUGUCCAUGUCUGCGCAAUAA